GCAUGGCUCACGCUACGGUACGCCAUUUGUGUCUAGCAGCAAAAAGCGCGGACAGUGGAAGUAUUCCCUAACAAGAGGAUUUUGAUCCAGCAUUGAUGAUCUCCAUCAGCCUCACUGUUGUGCAUCAUCACAGCAGGAUAUGAAAUGGAUAAAGGAGUGAAGUCAGGAGACGAGCCCGUUGAGGACAGAAUGCCUGAAAAUGACGGCGGUGCGAAGGUUCAGCCAGACGACGUGAAAAUGGAGGAAUCUGCGGGAGACAGUCAGACCGGCGAGCCCCACGAUGCAGAGCAGGACCCCUCCGAGAGGCCCGGCUCUGUGCCUGAAGACGGGGACUGCGUCUGUGCGAGCUGUGGCUUUUCAGCCAAAUGCCCCAGAUCGCUGAAGAUCCACUGCGCACGGAAGCACGGGAAGGCCUCCGAGAAAAGCACAAAGAGUCAGGACGAGACCCAGCAGGACGAGGCGAUGGAGACGGAGAGCGCCGCCGAGUCCGACCCUGUGGAGCGCAGACCGGCCGCUGCAGACGGCCGGAAGAGUCCCGGCAAAAAACAAAGCGUGGCGGACAAGCCGCAGGCGGAUCAGGACGAGGCCACUCCCGCCCAGGAGAGAAGAGUCAGCAAGCGGACCCCCAAACCCAAGAUCAUUCAUUCCUGCAACUACUGCGGACAAGAGUUCAGGGACAGAGCUCCCCUGGACGUCCACGUCCAGCGAUACCACACCAAAGACACCCCGUACACCUUUGAUGCUGAUGAGACCAUGGAAGACAGAGAGGAGUCCGAGGAUCCGGGCAGCUCGGUCAAGCCGGCUCCGGCUCCGGCGGCCCUGAAGCGUUCGGCCUCCAGAUUCCAGCUGCAGUGUCCGCAGUGCGACUGUCGGGUGAACACCGUCACAGUGCUGGAGAGCCACGUCCGAGUCAAGCACCGGGACCGGGACUGGUACCGCUGCAAGCUCUGCAACUUCUUCUCAGCCACCGCUGCGUGGAUGGAGGAACACCUGAGCUCAGGGAGCCACCUGGAGAAGGAGCAAGAGCAAGAGAAGAAGAGUGCAGAGUCUUCCUCAUUUCAAGCCUGUGUUGAGACGGUGAGCAGAGACAGGGCCGACGUGGACGACGUGGGCCAGGCGCCCGGCGGCGAGGCGGCGGCGGCCUCCGCCGACGAGAGAGAGGACAGCGACGAGGCGGCGGAGGCCGCCCGGUCGGUGCUGACCGAGGAGGACGACUCAGAGCUGGAGCCGCCCAGAAAGAAGCGGGGCCGCCAGAAGCAAGGGUCCACCGCCACCACCACGUGCGGGCACUGCGGCCUGGUGGUGUCCAACGCCACCAACCUCAGCGUCCACAUCCGCCGCAAGCACAGCAAGGACUACGGCUACAGCUGCACGCUGUGCAGCUACAGCUGCGUCACCAAAGGAGACAUGGACCGCCACUGCAUCACCAAGAAGCACGUCAAGCGGGCGCAGCAGAGCGCCGCCGCGGACCCCGUCACCAAUCACGCCCUGCAGCCUCCCACCAGCACACAGGGUCACGACCCCAGCGUCUCACCUGGCGCCAGCAGAGAUGAAGAAGAGUCCGACAAGACGGUGACCAAAGAGCCGAGCGUGGAGGAGCGAACGCCGUCAGACGCGAGCCGGAAGAGCGAGAAGCACGAGUCCUCGUACGUCUGCAGCCUGUGUGACUUUGCAGCUCAGUCCAUUCCUUCCCUCCAUCUUCACGUCAAGAGAAAGCACAGCGGCGACUUCAGCUACGUCUGCCUGGCGUGUAGCUACUGCGCCGCGACAGCCAGUGACAUGUCGUGCCAUGCCAGCUCGGUGAAGCACAAGCAAAAGAGCAAGCAGUACCUGGAACCGCGGGGCAGCGGGGGGCCGAGCACGCCGUCCAUCCAGGCGAAGCCGAAGGAGAAGACCGAGCUUCCUGAGGCGAGCGCUCCGCCCGAGUCUGAGGAGUCUGAGGGGAAGGAAGGUCAGAAAGCUAAUGUGGCGAACAGCACUGACGAGAAGCAAACAGAGAGCAGUAAAUCAGCUGCUGGUGGAGACACAGACACGACCGAACCAGCGGAAACCGUUCCAGGGGAACCGUCCACUCAGCAAGUGAGCCAGACGGAAACGACGAGCCAGCAAGAGAAAGACCGGGCGACUGCAGACACGCCGAGGUCCGCGGCCCUUCCCUUCGACGCCUGCAUCGUGUCGGUGAAGUCCCCCGCCGGGCAGGACGAGGCUCCGCAGGAAGGCGAGGCCGCCGCCGUGUGUCCGACCGGAGGGUCGCCGGCGCCGUCCGGCCCGCUGUCCCCGAACGCCGCGCACGUCAAGAAGCUCAAAACCAAGGAGGCGCGACCGAAGGAGGAGGCCAAGGGAGGCGGCUCGCGCAUCCGCUGCGAGGACUGCGGCUUCAUGGCGGACGGCGUCAGCGGCCUCAACGUGCACAUCUCCAUGAAGCACCCGUCCAAGGAGCGCCACUUCCACUGCCUGGUGUGCGGCAAGUCCUUCUACACCGAGAGCAACCUGCACCAGCACCUGACCAGCGCCGCCCACCUGCGCAACGAGCAGAACAGCGUGGAGGAGCUGCCCGAGGGCGGCGCCAGCUUCAAGUGCGUCAAGUGCACCGAGCGCUUCGCGUCGGAGCAGGAGCUCUUCGUGCACAUCAAGGAGAAGCACGAGGAGCUCCUCCGCGAGGUCAACAAGUACGUGCUGGAGGACACGGAGCAGAUCAACCGCGAGCGCGAGGAGAACCAGGGCAGCGUCUGCAAGUACUGCGGCAAGGUGUGCAAGAGCAGCAACUCCAUGGCCUUCCUGGCCCACAUCCGCACACACACAGGAUCCAAGCCCUUCAUGUGCAAGAUCUGCAACUUCGCCACGGCGCAGCUGGGAGACGCCCGCAACCACGUGAAGAGGCACCUGGGCAUGAGGGAGUACAAGUGCGACAUAUGCGGAUGGGCCUUCGUGAUGAAGAAACACCUCAGCACACACCUGCUGGGAAAACAUGGAGUCGGGCAGCGCAAGGAGAGGAAGUUCGAAUGCGAGCUGUGCGAUCGCUCCUUCAGUGAAAAAUGGGCCCUGAACAACCACAUGAAACUGCACAGUGGGGAGAAGCCGUAUAAGUGCGCCUGGCCGUCCUGCCACUACGCCUUCCUCAACCUGUCAGCCAUGAAGGACCACUACAGGACACACACUGGUGAGAAGUCGUACCUGUGUGACCUGUGUGGCUUCGCCGGAGGCACGAGACACGCUCUGACCAAGCACCGACGGCAGCACACGGGAGAGCGCCCCUUCAAGUGUAAGCUGUGCAACUUCGCCUCCACCACCCAGUCCCACCUGUCCCGGCACAAGCGCGUCCACACCGGCGAGAAGCCGUACCGCUGCCCCUGGUGCGACUACAGAUCCAACUGUGCGGAGAACAUCCGGAAGCACAUCCUCCACACCGGGAAGCACGAGGGCGUCAAGAUGUACAACUGUCCCAAGUGCAUCCACGCCACCAACUCUCCGAUGGAGUUCCGGAACCACCUGAAGGAGAACCACCCCGAUAUCGAGAACCCGGACCUGGCCUACCUGCAUGCAGGCAUUGUGUCCAAGUCCUUCGAGUGUCGCCUGAAAGGCCAGGGCGCCACUUUUGUGGAGGCGGAGUCGGGGGAGUCGCCCGUGCACCGGAAGGGCUCGGCGGACGCGUCGGGCCACGACGACUCCAUCCAGCAGGUCAUCAUCAUCCAGGGCUACGGCGACGGCGAGGUGGCCAUCGACCAGGCGCUGGAGGAGUCGGCCGCCGCCACGCUGCAGACGCUGGCCAUGGCGGGCCAGGUGGCCGAGGUGCUGCACAUCACCGAGGACGGGCAGGUCAUCGCCUCGGGCAGGGAGGUGGCGGCGGCGGGGGCCCACCUGGCCGCCGCCGGCACCCAGUACGUGGUCCUGGAGUCGGGGGAGGCCAGGAAGGAGCUGCGGGCGGCGACCAGAGGGGGCGCCGGCGGGCAGGGCCACGUCGUCUCCGAGUCGUCCACCGCUCUGGACGCCCUGCUCAGCGCCGUCAGCGAGAUGGGCCACCAGGAGGACGUCCAGGGAGAGGCGCCCGUCAUCCACCAGGUGCUCUCCCCGGAGGCGGCCGAGGCAGUGGCGGGCGCCGCGCCGCCGCGGGUGAAGCAGGAGCAGCAGGGGGAGGAGGAGGUGCAGGUCAUCCAGGAGGCCGGGCAGGAGGAGAUGCAGGAGGUGCUGCAUCUGGCCGCCUCCCAGAUGAUGAAGGAGGGCCUGACCCAGGUCAUCGUCAACGACGAGGGCACCCACUACAUCGUGACAGAGCUGGACAACUGCACCUUACAGGUGGAGGGGGGCGUGUACGGCGAGGCCGCUGCUGCCGCCGCCGCCGCCGCCGCAGGCGAGGCGGAGGGGCAGCCGGCCGAGCAGCAGGCCGGGGCGGAGAUGGUGGUCUACCUAGACGGAUCCCCUCAUAACAUCGUCCUGGAGGGAUAGGAGGCAGAGGAGACAGUUCUGUUUGCUUCCUCCUGAUUCUGGACGCUGCUUCCUCUCACCUCCUCCCGGGCAACGCUAAACUCAGGUUCAACAUGCUUCAUGUUUUAUGCUAGCUGAGCUAACUCCGCUCCGUCAGUCCUCUGCAGCUUGAUUUAACGCCAUGCAAUCAGAUGUGUGCUUCACCCCAAAGUGUUUUUAAAGCUGCGUCCAAUAUUCUGAUAAUUCAGCUCAUUAGUAAGAAAGAAAAAGGAUUUUGUUGUGUUUUUUUUUUCUCUGUUGUUUUUUGCAUCAAACACACUGAUUUGGUUCUGUUUGUGUUUCUGUUGGUUCAUCUUUUGUAGUGUGUUAUCAGUCAUGAAACCUGGUUUAGAGGAGUUCUAAAUGUGUGCUUGUGAUGUUCGGGCUUCGGGAAAACCCUAAUGAGAUGAGUGUGUCUGUACAAAACGUCUAAAUAAAUGUUAAUCAGAGCCAUUCUGAAACCAUAUUUGAUUGAAAGUUCAAAAAUACAAAGCAAAUAUCAGAUAAACUUUGUUUUUUUUCAAUGCAAUUUUAUUUCCGACAAUAAAAAAAAAAUUG